GAAGUUAGAGCAAUCAUGAAUCGGAUCUUGUUGUUGCUUUGUGUGUUUUUAAAUUGUGCACAAUUUUCUGAGGUUAAAGACAACGAGACGUUAAUAUACUAUUGGGAUGUUCAUCACAAAAUAUACUACUACUGCCAGUUUGGCACAAAGGAACAGAUAAAGCUGAAUUUUGAACGACAGUGCUUCAGGCGAAAUAAACACAUGCAGCAUGUUUUACCUGAUGGCACCAUAACAUUUCCCUACGUGGCAUAUGGAUCUGACGUAGGCUUUGUACUGAAGUGUAGAGAUAUACCCCAUGUAAAACUCCACAACUGCAGUAAGAUGUUGUACACGACAUGCAAGUAUACCUGCCCAGGCGGUAGUGCCGCAAGGGAUAUAACGUGUGAGCUGAGAGGUCCCCAGGACAAUGUCACUGCCCAGUGGUCAGUUUCACAGCCAUGUAGGGACAUCCCUGGUCAUUUUAUGCAGCCUGUAACACAGCUUACAUUAUUGCCUGGCAAUUCCCGUGAAAAAUAUAAUAUUGAUACAGUCAGCAGUGUGGAAACUACAAGAGUUACUGUUUUGUUCGCAGCUACUAACA